AUGGGAGGCGGCGCGACCGCGUCCGACGCGCCCCCCGGCGAGGCGCUCUGCCGCAUCUGCUGGUCGGCCGUCUGCGAGUACGACGGUCGACCGGAGUUCUUGUCCCCGACGCCGUGCGCGUGCCGCGACGAGCGCUCGAACGUCCACCAGGCGUGCUUGGAGCGAUGGAUCCUCGAGGCGAGGAGCCAAGGCCGCUUCGACGCCGGCACGCGCUGCCACGCGUGCGGCGACCCGUACGCGCACCCGCUGCUCGACGAGACGGUCCUCUCCGCGAGCGCGCGAUCCGCGAUCCGCGCGUCGUCGCUCUCCCCCCUUAACGGCGCGGCGGACGACCGCACCCCGCUCGCGAUCAUCGGCGGCACCGGGUACGUCGGAAGGUCCGUCGCGCUGCACCUGCUCGGGCAUCCCACGUUCAAGAUCGGCGCGGUCGUCGGCAGCGUCGCGACGGUCGGGAAGCCGUUCCGUGCGGUGUUUGAAAAAAAAGAGGACGCGCUCGUCGAGCACUACGGCGCGGAUCUCUGGAAACCGCAGGAGUUCCCCGCGGAAUUGAUGCACUGCGUGGUGCAGUCCGUCGAGGACGUCAUCGCGGACGGGGUUAUCAAGACGGCGCUGUCGUUCAUCGCGCCCGAGCACGGCGAGAUCGAAGACGCGCUCGCGCGCGCCGGGAUCAAGGUGUUCAGGCGCGCGCUUGACGACGCGUUCGGCGUGGAGGACGUCUCGGUGACGACGUUCCAGUCGCUCUCGGGGCGCGGCGACGCGAAGUAUCAGAGGGAUCUGGUGAUGGGGAACGUGUAUCCGCUCGCGGGGACGGUGGAGCGGACGGGGGAGUAUCAAAAGUUGGAGCUGCGGAGGAUCAUGCCGGGGGUGAAGCGCGUCUCCGUGGCGGCGUACAGAGUCCCAGUGCAAAAAGGGCACCUCGUGGACGUCCGCGUGCGGCUGCGGACGAAACCGGCGGACGCGCGCGCGGUCGAGCGCGCGUUCACGUCGUUCGACCCGCUGGCGCGCGUCUCGCUGCCGUCGAAACCGAGGCGGGCGAUCUACGUGAAGCCGAUCGACGAGGCGCCGACCGGGGAGGAGGGGGAGAGGCCGCCGCCGCGCAUCGGGACGCCGCGGCCCAAGGACGAUCACGAGUACGACGGAGGGAUGUCCGUCUGCGUGGGGAACAUAGACGUGGACGACGAGCUGUUCGACGUGUCGUUCUGUCUCGUCGUGAACAACGUCGUUCGAGGCGCGUGGGGGGCGGCGUUGCUGAACGCGGAGUACUGGCACGCGCUGAUGACGAAGGAGAAGGAGGCGAUCGCCGGGCGGAUCGAGUGCUAGCUAGGCGAAGAAAAAAGAAGGCUUCGUGCGGGGAGGGGGGGGGACGUAGCGGAACGUAGUUCAAUUAUUGAAAAUCCAAUCCAGGUUAUGAUGAUAUACCCUU